AUGGCCCAGUCUGUCGUAAAUACUUCUUACUGCUCAGCACCUAAUUUCAACCUAAUCCCCGCGGUUGAACCUCUGCUUCCUAUGGAGGUUGUCGAUUCGGUUAUGCAGUAUAUGCCCGCUCACGAUGUCAUUCAAUCCAGCUUUGCUAGCUACCCAUUGACAUUAGUGGCCAAGAAAAUCCUUCGAGCUCGUCUUUCCUUUUUAGAUCAAUACGCUCUCCGGGUGUUUGCUAAAAACGUCUCUUCCGGCCAAGUCGUUUGUAAUCUUUCUGCUCAUCGUACCAAUUAUGCUUCGCAGUACGAUGGAUACUCUAUGUUUCAAUUGGAUGAGGCUUCCCCUUCAAGUGUCUUUCAAGUUACUUUUGAAGAAGAGGCAGACCUUGUGCAAUUUGAGCGAUACCCCGGAGAAUCGCUUCCUCCAUUCCUAAACGUUCGUGUUGCCGUUGAUCUUUCUCGCGCUUCCAUCAACGACUCCCGUGCUGAUUUGUUUUCUUGCUUUCAAAAGCCUAUUCGUAUUCGUCGCUCUUGGUUAGAUUCUCUCAAGGCGGGUCAGCAGAAUACAUUGUGGUUGGAUCAAAAUACUCAGCACGUUAUUGGCUUGAUUAUUUGCCGUAUGGACGAUGCUCCAGGAAAAUACGAUGUCUCGAUCUCAUCGGUUAUCAUCAAAACCGAAUACUUGUUAUCAUCUUUGGAGCAACGAGUCCAUUGA